GCAGUGCUGCCGGCAGUCAUGUUCAGGUAGAGAACGACCGGCUAAACGGCGGCCACCAUGCGGAAACAUCUGGAAAGGAUCCGUUUCCGGGGCCAGAGACGGGAUGAGUUCCCGGAUCUGGCCGAUUCUCCCAACACCUCCGACACAGAGAGCAACGAGGAGGUCGUGAGCAGACCUCGAGUCUCCGCCAGAGAUUCAGAGGAGCAGAGUGACGCUCAGGCUAGUCAUGCAUCGUUCUCUGCUGCUCUCCACGACGACUCCAGGACGGAUCUCAACGAGGUCAAAGGUCACCUGGAAAUCGCCUUGUUAGAGAAACACUUCUUAGAGGAGGAGCUGAAGAAACUGAGAGAGGAGUCCAACGUGGAUUCACUGCGGCACGAGCUGGAGAGAGAGCGCAGCCGCUGCAGCGAGCUGGAGCAGAAGAUCAACGACGUGCUGAAACCCAGACUUGAAGACUCACCUUCACAAACGCCUAAAGCCCCGCUCCCUUCUACAUCUGCAGCCAGCGGUACAGACAAACAGAAGGACACUUGGUCCAGCAGCUUCCGGAAGUGUCUCUACGAUAGAUUUGGCGUUUACAUCGAGGACUUCCGCUUCCAGCAGGAGGAGCAGACGGUGGAGACGGACGAGCCGCUGAGCGCCAAGAGGUUGACUGAAAACAUGAGAAGACUCAAGCGAGGGUUGAAACCAUUGUCCAACUUCAAGAGGAACCUGACGGCGCUGUCCAGCUGGUACUCCGUCUACACCUCGGCCAUCGCCUUUAUUGUCUAUAUGUAUGCAGCGUGGCACGGCUGGGCCGUCCCGAUGUUCCUGUUCCUCGCCAUCGUCCGACUCUCUUUAAAUUAUCUCAUCGCCAGAGGCUGGAGGAUCCAGUGGAGCAUCGUACCUGAAGUCUCCGAGCCCGUGGAGCCUCCCAAAGAAGACCUGACGGUGUCGGAGAAGUUCACGCUGGUUCUGGACGUGGCUCAGAAAGCUCAGAACCUCUUUGGCAGGAUGGCGAACAGACUGGAGAAAAUCAAGAAUUUGUUCAUUUGGGUGCAGCCUGAGUUGACUCAGAAGCUGUACGUUGGUCUGUGGCUGGCCUUCAUCUCCUCCUGCCUGCUGCCGUUCAAACUGCUGGGAUUCUUCAUAGGUGUGUACGCAGGUAUAAAGUUCUUCAUCAUCGACUUCCUCUUCAAGAGCUGUCCGAAGCUGAGGCAGCGCUUCGACACGCCGUUCAUCAUCUGGACCCACCUGCCCACCGACCUGCAGCUGAAGGAGCGCGGCGGCUCCACGCUCACCAGGAGGGUCACGUUAUCCAGCGGGCGGGGCAGCGUCGGCCCGGCGGCUCCUCUCGGUGCGAGCCGGGAUGAAGACGGAGGGCGAUACAGCAGCACCAAGAGAGGAGCUUUCCACGAGGUGUUCAACCUGCAGGAGAGCGAGCGCCCCCUGACAGUGUGUGAGAGCGGCUGGCGCUGCUGCCUCAUCAACAGAGACAGGAAGUCGCCCACUGACUACAUCCGCAACGGAUACCUCUACGUCACCGAGAAUCAUCUGUGUUUUGAGAGCUCCAGCUCCAGAUCUGGAUCCUCCAAGAGGAACAAAGUCAUCAAACUGGCCGACAUCACCGACAUCCAGAAGUACAAAGUGUUGUCCGUGCUGCCGGGGUCAGGGAGCGGCAUCUCCAUCGCAACGCCGUCCACAACAAAGCCGAUGGUGUUCGGCGCGAUGAUCCACAGAGACGAGGCCUUCGACGCCAUCUUUAACCAGCACACGAAAAUCGUUUCCGCGGCAACAGCCAUCGAACCGGAGACGUAGUAACACCUUCACCAGGCUGCCACACACACACACACACACACACACACACACACACACACACACACACACACACACACACACACACACACACACACACA